CGCGAGCAGACACGCUCACAUCCAGGGUAAAUUUCUGCUCACAUUCAUUCAUCGCUAAUGAGGACGACAGCCAGUGGAGACUGAACACCGAGUCGUCAAGAGGAAUUUAGCGCAGUUUGCGGUGGAAAUGUUGAUGUGAGCCGUGACUGCGGAGACUCUCCGAGCAUAGAGGAGUGUUUACCGUUCACGAGCUGAUCUCACGCGUAACGCACCGCAAUGAGCGCUCCAUCACAUCCAGUCUGAAUUUGGUCUAAUCGGUGCUGAGGGGACUCCUUUGGUAUAACCCCUGCAAACGAGGACAUCAAAAUGGGCAACAGUUUCUCCAAUAUAUCUGCGUUUCAGUCCCUCCAUAUAGUGAUGCUUGGCUUGGACUCCGCAGGGAAAACCACGGUCCUUUACAGACUGAAAUUUAACGAGUUUGUCAACACUGUGCCCACAAUAGGAUUCAACACAGAAAAAAUUAAGCUGAGUAACGGUACUGCCAAGGGAAUAAGCUGUCAUUUUUGGGAUGUUGGUGGUCAGGAGAAACUCCGGCCCUUGUGGAAAUCUUACAGUAGGUGCACGGAUGGCAUUAUUUAUGUGGUGGACUCUGUGGACGUGGACCGACUGGAGGAGGCCAAGACGGAGCUGCACAAAGUGACCAAAUUUGCUGAAAACCAAGGAACGCCACUUUUAGUCAUUGCUAAUAAACAGGACCUGCCAAAAUCUCUGUCUGUUGCGGACAUAGAGAAGCAGUUAGCGCUUCAGGAACUCACGCCUGCCACUACAUAUCACAUACAACCAGCCUGUGCCAUCAUAGGUGAGGGGCUACAUGAAGGAAUGGACAAACUGUAUGAAAUGAUAGUCAAACGACGGAAAAGCCUCAAACAGAAGAAGAAACGAUAACUAUCCAAGCCUGAAUCUGCCUUUUUCCCCCACUGCUGAUGGCUUAAGUCACUGGGUUUGCCAUUUCAGCAUUUCACUGUUGACAUUCAUUUAAUGGUUGUUUGUUCUUCAGCUGGAUUUAUGUUGCAUGUGAUCAUGAUGGCGCAGGUGAACCAAAAACAAAAUAUGGAAAUUAUUUGUUUGAUAUUAAAGGGCUGGUCCCGAAUAAGCUGCCAUUACUUUGCAUAACCUGGCCAUCAGUUUGAAGGAGUUCUCUACUGAAGCACUGUGAAAAACAACAUAACCUUUCAUGGAAUGCUUGAUAUCUUAUUUUGACUCUUCUAAGGACAUUAUGGAGAACUGUAGCAGCAAAGCCCAGAUGGGGUUUAAGGACCUUGUAAUUCACAAAAUUAUAAGACUGGAGUGAGUUUGAGGCCUAGAUUUACAGGAACUCUGAAGAACACAAAUGAUGGACCGUGCCUGUGACACGGUCCAUCUCUAAGCACUUUUUUUCUUACCAAGAUAGUAGUGUAUGACGCUGUAGACCAGAUAUUAGACUGUCAGUGUAAUACAGAGUCAAAUGAAUCCUGAAGUAUUUUUCAAUUAAAAUGUGUGUCAAAACAAA